GUGGCAUUGAGGCCAUAUUAAAAUAUGGAUUUCAAUUAGACUCGAAGCCAGACAAGAAAACUUACUUAUCCUUGAACCAGAGACUAAGACAGCCAUGGGCGAGUGGAAGCUCGGCUGUAUUACAUUAAUCCUUCCGGGGCGGAAGGACCGAGAUCAACCAGUAGGAAGCGCGGAUGGAUUUCCAUACAGACCAACCCUGGCCCCCAUUCAUCAUCAUCGGUCCAGACAAGGCAUGCCGAAUCAGUUUGCGAUGUAUUUGGCCCCCGGACAAACAGUACCCACGACCUUGUAUCCUGCGUCGUUUGGAGAGACAUGGGCUUUUUUCGGGCCAACAGGACCGCCACUCGGGCAUAUAAUUGAAAUACACGCAAUUUCGGCCUCAGGAAACCUUGGGAAGCCUUUGGAGACUAUGUUUUGUGAUCCGAAAAGGGGUUUUACGCUAGGAUACUCCAGAAGGCGACAGCACGGGGUGUAGUUAGUCCAGAGUUUCGAGAAACAAAAUCACAAGACAA